AUUUUCCGUCGGAAUGUCCGUCAGAAUACCGCUGUUUUCUUGUAGUGGUAGAAUCCAUUAGGUGAUGGAAGUUUUGAAGGUGGCUGUUGAAUUUUCUUUAUUGGAUGGUUUUUGGGGUAUUAUUGGUUCUUUUAUGACAAACCAUCCCCUGAUGAUGGUUCUCUACUGUACUGGUGAGCAACCAUCAAAAAUUCAAAAAUUCAAAGCAUCGUGUGCAUGCUUUUCGAGAUCAAAGGAUGUAGACUUUGAAAAGGAAGAUGAAGAUAUUGUGAGUAGUAAUUAUCAUAUCAUCAAAUAAAAUGCUCAAUUCAAAAUCAUAUCACCAAUUAGGGUUUUGGCUGCUACGUUUGUCUGCAUAUUUGUUGCAUUUGCUUGGGAAAUUGCUGAGAUGAAAAAGUGGGGAAACUACCAUGCUCGCACGUGUUUCAUUUUAAGUGAAUAACUAGUAUUAUCUCAUGUGCUAAGCAUGGGUCAGUUUUACUGUAUUAUAAAUUAUAUAAUCACAAAAUUAUAAUGCCUGUCAACAGUUUUUUUUAAAAAAUUAUUAUGUUAAACACAUAUUUUAUAAAUCUGUAAUAAGUUAGACACAUAAACUUAGAAGUUACUAUAUUCCAAUAGAGCAGCUGGAAAUACUAAAAUCAUUUUUGUGAUUCUUUUGAGAAAUGUAUAUACUAUCAUAUAUGUUUUAAAGAUUGUUUUUAUAGAAAGGUGAGAUGUAUACCAAUAUUAAAAUAUUGAAACAUUCAGCUUAUUUUGUAAAUAUUUUUAAAGUAUAAAUCGAGAAAUCAACAUAAAACAUGUAAAGUUAUUGACCAAAACAAAAAUAAAAAAAAAUUCUGAAAUUAAAAAAAAAAAUCAAAAUUGAAUUGAGAAUAUGUUACCAUCUGAAACCAAAGCUGAGUUUUAUCCUUUUAUAAUUUUAGAUAUAGGUGUGUAUACCUUUUUCAAAGAAAAUUUUGCAUAACUUUUCAUGUUGAAAAUAACUUCAGCUUCUUAUAUUAAUAUUCUGUGAAACAGCGUUCUGAUUUAUUUAUUAGCAAAAAAAAGUUCUGCUUCUUGUUUUUCGAAGAAGAAGAAGAAAUAUGGAAAAUAAUCGUUGUUUGAAUGUUAUGUGAGAGACAAAACAGUUGACAAUGAAAAAAGUUAAUGAAUUAAUCUUGAAACGUGAUAAUGGUAAUCUGAGAGAAAAUAGGAACUCUUUUGCAGUUACAAAAUAUUUGAAAUGGAAAAUCGUGUUAUUUUUUUGUCUACAGAAAAUUGUAAUAAAAAUUUAAUUGUUUGAAUUUUUUAAAAAAGAAAUUGACAUGUGUCAAAAUCUGAUUGCACAAGUGACUUGUGAUUUAGUAUAUAAGGGACUAGAUGACUGAGAAUUAAACCCACAUGUUCUCUCUUUCAAACACAGUUCGACGUGUUUCCAACAUACUUGUCUACGAAUGAAAAUGUACGAGGCUGAUAGUUUCCUUUUUCGUUUUCUCCCCAGUUGUUAACUCUGUUUCAGGAAUAAUUCAGAGAUGUCAAUACUGAGAAAUGUAGCAGCCUAGUAAUUAUUACUGGUAUUUUGUUUUUAUUUUAAGAGAUUAUAUAUAACUUAGCAUCAAAGAAUUUAAAUAAUUUACUUAGAGUUGGUCUUGAUGGAGUGUUGGUCUUAAAUUAAAUUGAUUAGAGAAGAAGUAGAAAGGUUUGAUAUAUGUUCUGGGUCUCAAGUGUAUGACAAGAAAUAAAACCAAAAGAGAUCAAUGGAGAGCCCUUUGUUGACCAAGAGUGAGCACAUCGUUGACACUACAAUAAUCAUCGGAAACUCUUCAACAGUCGAUGAUCAAACAUCACAUGAGGUUGUUGAACUGAGUGAUCCAUAUGAAGCCGAACGUUUUUGGAACCCAAUCGAGUUUGUUGUAACUAUUGUCCAGAUUGCUGCAGCAUUAGUACUUCUGAUUCAGCCAAAAGACCAAGAACAUCCACAAACAAUAUUGUUUAUAUGGAUCAUCGGUUAUACUUGUGGCUGUAUUGCCACUCUCCCUAUCCUAUGUUGGCGUUUUUGGUAUUAUAAGCGAAGUGUUAGCUCAGAAUCUGCAGAAGAAUACUCAGGAGGGACAAGAAUCAAUGAGGUGAUGGACACAACCAAGAUGGUGCUUGAAUAUUUCUUCGUGAGUUGGUUUGUGGUGUUUGUAUGGAAUUAUAUAGUCAACCCAUCAUCCCUAGAUGAUACUACUACUCAAUUCUUCUGGUUAAUUACGGCUCUCCUUACAUUCAGUUUCAUCAGAUAUGUACUUGUGAAUCUAGCAUGUGCAGUGGUCUGUUACUUGUUGCCUGGGACCUUAUGUGUUCUCGCCGCUAGGGAAGUCCUGGAAAUCAUUAUGAGGCUUAUAGGUGCGUUCCUUGCGUGCAUCUGCAGUUAAAAUGGUGGAUCAUGUUGUUGUCUUUUUUCUUUUGUUCAAUUAUUAUUGUAACUUUGAUUUGUAUUUUCAAUAACCAUCUUCUUCUGUGCCUUCUUACCCGUCGCUAUCACAAAUCACGCUAAAGGCAACUACUGUUUCUUUGUUGAUCAGCGAUCUUUUGGUUUUCAAAAAAAUAAUUUAGCAAGGUCAAUGCUUUGUGUUCCUUUAAAAAGACUAUUAUUAUUAGCACCAACAAUAUUAAUUAUUACAUUGUAAAUGUCUAAAUGACUGACGUUGGUCUUAGAAUAAUCUUUCAGCACCAAGGAAUUGCGAGGUCAAUGAUUUGUGUUUCAUUGUAAAAUACUAUAAUCUAGAUAAAUGGUGUAUCUUUACAGUAUAUUACGUCCAGUUUAGUUGUAAGUUGAUUGAAAUAAAUUCGAGACAACAAGGAAUACUCAAGUGUAUGUGGGCUGUAUUUUGAAAAGACAAUAAUUUAGCACUAAAUAAUUCAAGAACUGUUACUUAUAAAAAACUAUGUAAUCAGUUUUAAAAUACAAUUCAAUAAUCUAGACCAAAGAAUUGGAAAGAAGGUCUAUUUAUGUUUUGUUAGUCAGAGAGAAUUUAGAUGAACUUUUCGUUGGAUUGGAAAAUAAAUUGAAAGAAAUCAAAACAGUGAUCGAUGGAGGGCCCUUUGUUGACCAAGAGUGAGCAAAUCGUAAACACUACAAUCGAUGGCGGUUCCUCAUCAAAUGCUGAACGCAGAUCAUCAACAUUACAGUCAAUGACAAUCUCUCAUCAAGUGAUGAGCCAAGAAGAUUUGUGCACGUUCAACCGUACGAUCCAUGCAGCACAUACGAAGGUGUUUGGGACUUGAUCGAGUUUGUUAUGGAUUUGGUCCUGAUUGCUGCAGCCAUAAUAGUUCUGAUCCGAACAAAAGGUGAACAUCCAGAAGCAACAUGGAUCAUAUGUUAUACAUGUGGCUGUAUUCUCUCUAGCUCUCCCUGUUUUGUAUUGGCAUAUUUUUCGUAACGAAGAUGUCAACUCAGAUAUAGGGUAUAAACUCCAUUUCUUUCUCCUAGUUUUGGUAAUUAUACACAUUAGAAACGAAAAAUCGAUCAUGUUAAUAUUUGGUUUGCAGGACAAACUCGGCGGUGGGCUUUUCGCCUUUACUGCUUGAAUUUUUCUCCUCGUGUUGGUUUAUGAUGAUCACAUGGGCUUU